UACUGAUAAUUGAAGUGGCAUCACUCUGCAGACCGACCAUGGGCGCCACGCUACCAGGCUUGCUCUCUGCGCUUCUGCUCCUCCUCCUCCCGGCUUCCCUCCGAGUCCGGGACCAACUCCCCGCGUCCCACCGGCGAGAGGCGAAGGACGGCAUCGGCGGCGGCCUGCACCCGAUCGUGCUGAUCCCCGGCAUGUCCUGCCCCGACCUGGAGGCGCGAUUAACCGACGCCUACCGACCCUUGACGCCGGGCUGCAGCCGGGUGGAACGGGUCGGGUGGUUCGGGCUGUUAACGAACCGCACCUGGAAGCUGGACGCCGAGCGCGCGGAGUGCUUCGUCGACCAGAUGCGCCUCGUCUACGAUCCCGUCCUCGGGGACUUCCGUAACCUGCCCGGCGUCGAGACGCGCGUCCCCUACUUCGGCUCCGCCGCCGGGUCCGGCUCCAAGAUUCCAACACACCCGGAGUUUUGUAUGGGAGCACUGAGGUCUGCACUAGGAACGCUUGGCUACCGUGAGGGAGAAACCCUCUUCGGAGCUCCCUACGACCCGCGGUACGCUCCCCCGAUACCCGGCCAGACGUCCCCAUUCUACUCCCGCUACUUCCGCCAGAUGGCAAGGCUCAUCGAGGACGCGAGUGAGAGGAACAACGGCAGGCCCGCCAUCGUCCUCGGCCACAGCUUCGGCGGCGCGGUGGCGCUCGAGUUCGUCAGGAACGCCCCGCUGCAGUGGCGGGACAGAUUCGUCAGGCACCUCAUCACGGUGGCGCCGACGUGGUCCGGGGGCUACGUCCGCCCUCUGACGGCCUUCCUCUCAGGCCCGGUAGACUUGUUCUUUAUCCCGGCGGCUCCGCAGCUGGCCAUGCGAUCGAUGUGGAGGACCUUUGAGACUGCCGUGGCGACCCUACCGUCCCCGGCGGUGUUUGGGCGCCGGCCGCUGGUGAUAACCAGGAACCGGAAUUACUCGGCCUACGACAUCGCCGACCUGCUCGUGGCCGUCGGUUCCGCCGACGCCGUCCGGCCUUUCAGAGAGCGUGAGCUCCCGAAGAUGGAGUACUUCGAGGCGCCAAUGGUGCCGUUGACCUAUAUCAGUGGCGUGGGUAUCCCGACGGCGGAGCAGCUGAUUUACCGGGACGACGACUUCGAUAGGCUGCCUGAAGUGGUGUACGGCGACGGCGACGACACGAUCAAUAUCGCUAGCGUGCUGGCGUUCGAGGAGAAGGUGGGUAUGCAGCCGGGACAAAAGGAGCGCUUCAAGUCCAUGAAGUUUGCUGGGGUUCAACACUCUGCAUUAAUCACGGAUGAACGGGCGCUCAGCGCAAUCAUGGAUGAAAUUGCAGAAGCAAAUCGCUAGGCACAAAAGGAUUGUUAUCUCGUAUUAAGAUUGUUAUUACGAUGCUAUACUACAAGUCUACAACGUGUGCAACCUUUGUACACACAACGGAUCGAUGCAUCUGUUCAAUAAAUUAAGAAGCUAAGCUAGGUAUUAUAUAUAGUUUAUUGUGUGUUAUUUUUUAUAAAUAAAUAUUAUAAAAUUGAAAUUACGUAUGAA